AUGUGUUAUUUCGAGCAAACGCGUUGGCAAUGCGGCUUCUGGAAAUGGGGCAACUUCAGACAGCAGUGCAACAAGGAGUACCGAACCGGCGAGACAUGUGGUCUGAAGUUGGUCUACGAGACAAAUUACUUGGCCGGAACCUGCAAGCUGUGCGAUCAGUCAGAAAAGAAACAGCGCCGCUACAACAAGAUGGCUCAAGACGUUGAGCGCUGGAGGAGAGAGGGCAACCGAAGGGCGACCAUCGAAAAGACAGAGGAUGACAUGGAGGAAGUCCGAUUAGCGAUAGAGAAAUUAUGGGUUGAACAUGAGACUAGGUUAAGAACCGUUACAUAA